CACCUCCCUCCUCCCCUUCUCUCCUCAGGCCUGCAAAGGAGGAGGAAGAGGAGGACGACUCAAGACAUCCUUCUCAUCUCAGCUUCCCAACUCGGCAGGCCCAUGGAGAUGAGGAAGAUCGCCUGUGCCGUCCUCGUCGCCGCCGCCUCAGCUUCCGCGGCCCUCGCGGCCGAGGCCCCAGCGCCCGGUCCCGCCAGUGGCUCCUCCACCGUCGUGCCUGCUGUCGGGGCCGUCCUUGGCGCCUCCGUCAUCUCCUUCUUCGCGUUCUACUUGCAGUAGCGUCACCAAGCCGAAAGAACAAAAGGAAGAAGACACUUCCUGUGUUUGAUUUACUGCAUUUAUUCUUCUUUUCUUCUUUCCUUUAUCACUGUCGGAGGAGUGAGUGAAUUUGUUUGAUUUGCUGAUUGGCAUGAACUGAAUAAAAAUACCCACUUUAUCAAA